AUGAGUCCGGACCCUCACGCUGCUGAUCGCAAAGCUCAGAAGCAGCGUGAAAAAAAGAUGAACGCCGAGAGACUAAAAUACCAAAAACAACAAAGCGAAUAUUUCCCUCUCACUGACAGUUUCAUCGUCCCCAAGAGUCGUGUUGCUCGCGCUUUGGAUACUUGUGUCAGGUAUUUGCAGACAACAUACUGUGUUGUAUCUUUUCCGACUCAUCAUUUUGUUGUUAGCGGUAUCAAGAACUCAGGGAAGCAGCUCAAACUUAGGUCUCGCUCCUUCGAGUCUGAGAGCAGAUUCUCGUCUUGCGACGUUACGCAUCCCGCAUCUGAUCUCCCCACAGUGCCAAACCUGAAGGAUCUGCCUGAGAAGGUGAGAAAGAGACCAGAGAGGUCAUCGCAGGUAGUAAACAAGGCAAGUAUUUCGCUGUCUCUGCUCUGUUGCCCAAGAAACUGCGGGUCAGUAAAACUGACUGUCAAACAGAAGGAUCCUGCUAGGACAUCGCCAAAGGAAAGUUCCUUCACAAGGAAGUUUAGCAGAACGAUGACUGGUGACUCUGUCAAGAAGGUCAGCAGCAUGGACAGAAAGAGCUGGCAGACUCAGUCCUCCUCCGCGGGCAGUGGAGGCAAGACUCGCUCUAUCCGCUCUGCUUCGGUCACGGCGACUGGUACAGAUUUGGGUGAAGGAGAUGCCGCAACGCGUCUUGAAGGAGGCCUCAAGAAGCUCACGAUUUCCGAGGGCCUGAAGAGAGAGGGAAAGCCUGCUGCUAUCUCUACUGCGCAGCCAAAAGUCAUCAAGUGCCUCAGAUCCCCUGGAGACUAUGUGUUCAUUGAUAUCGAAACCCCAGGAGAGAAGAGCAACGCGAACAGCAACUCCAGCCCUGGUAUCUCCCCUAAGGCCAAGAGUGCCGAAGUCGGCUCUGGUGAGGACGAAUCCGGUGAGCACGAAGCCGAAGCCGCGAACGACCAGGACCCGAGAAGCAUUGUCGAGAAGAGACUUGAAGUAAUCCGCCACAUCGUGAAGAACAUAUUCCAGGGACAGUCAGACGAGGAUACCAAGACUGGAAAGGCUCUGCAGAAUGCCAAAAAAUGGGACACAAAGAACACAAAGUGCAUCAAGUGCUUCGGAGACUGCCCAGUUUGCAGCAAAGCAUGCUGCAUCUUCGACGUUGCUCGCCGCACUGCUGCCCAGGCAGACUCCACCCCUGAACAUGCCGAAGCCGCAAACCAGAUUCUUAAGUUGAUCCAGCGCCUGGGCAACAGCGUCUUGGAGGCGACCACUUACUCCCUGUGCACCACACCCGGAGGCUGCGGACGGUAUGUCUGCUCCGACUGCUGGGGUAUCUGUCCGGUCGAGCUAUGCCACGAUGUCCAGUGCAAGGACUGCAAGGAAGAUCCCUGGGCUGCGUGCGACUGGCAUGAUUACUGA